AUGGCGUGCCGCCGUUCUGAACGCCUCAACGUUCGUUCCCCUUCACCCGAGGUGGAGUACCGCGGUCGUGGACGUGGGCGUGGUCGAGGAGCUGCCUCUCCUGCCCCCAGACUCGAGCGGGAGGGGGGGGAGCCCGCCCCAGGAGAGCCUGCCCUAGAGGAGCCCCACAGGAGAGCUAGGUCCCCUCAGCUCGGGGACAAUGAUGCACCACCACCGCCGCCACCGUCUCUGUCUGAGGUGAUGGAUCGCCAGACCCGCCUUCUGGAGGCACUGGCGGAUGGCAUACUGCAUCGUCCUGGAGGAGGUCCGCCCAAUGACUUCCAAAGGAAGGUAGAAGGCUUCCUCAAGCUGAGGCCUCCUACGUUUGACUGCGCUGAUGAUGAUCCCAUCGCCGCCGAGGACUGGCUGCGUGAGAUAGAGAAGAAGCUGGACCUCACCACCUGCACUGAUGAGGAGUGUGUGGGAGUCGCCGCUCACCAGCUCACUGGCGCUGCACGCACAUGGUGGGACAGCUACAGUGACACCCACGAGAACCCCGGGGGCAUAACCUGGGCUGAGUUCACUGAGGCGUUCCGUGAGCAGCAUGUACCUGAGGGUGUCAUGGACGCCAAGGUGGAGGAAUUCCGCAACAUCUCCCAGGGCACUCAGAAGGUACAGGAGUAUGCCACUCGCUUCACCCACACCAUGAGGUAUGCUCCAGAUGAGUCCAACACCGAGAAGAAGAAGAUGUACUUCUUCAAGAAGGGUCUGAGCACGCGCCUCAAGGUGGCCCUCUCGGGGCACACCUGCUACACCCUCCGGGAGAUGAUCAACAAGGCCCUGGAGAUGGAAAGGGACCGCCUGGAGGCCGAUGCUCAGUACAAGGAGAAGAAGCGCCGGUCCGAGAGUUCUUCUCGUGGCCCGGCACCCCAGAGGCCACUUGCUCACGUGCCCCCUCCGUCGCGCCCCCGCUCUGCCCAGGGCGCUGCACCGGCUCCGAGUCGAGGAGGUGGUACCCACACCGCCAACUACCACCGCCCCACUCAGAGCCACCCCGUGCAGAGUACCAGCACGUGGAAGGCCACUGCACCCACCUCCACUGGCAGUGUGCCUUUCGCUUGCUUCAACUGUGGUCAGCCAGGCCACAAGGCGGCCUACUGCCCUGCGAAGGCUGCUCCACCACCUGCCCCGACUGCGACCAGGCAGGCACCUGCUCAGGGCACACUCCGCAAGCCAGCUGUGGGAGCCACCCGCGGCCGUCUCACACACCUGACAGCACAGGACGCUCAGGACGCCCCCGACGCGGUGUACGGUAUGUUUUUGGUACAGGGAGUUAUGGCAUCAGUUCUAUUUGACUCUGGUGCAACUUGCUCAUAUGUAUCCUCUAGAUUCGCACGAGAGCACAACCUACCCGUGUCACCACGGAAGGUACCUAUAGACACCAUAUCUCCGUUAGGCAACCUCAGAUGCACCCAAAAGUGUCAGGGAGUGAGUAUCACCAUUGAGGGUUACCCUUUUCUAGCCGACCUCACCUUACUUCCGUCAGAUGGACUGGAUGUCAUCUUGGGGAUGGAUUGGCUGACCCAAUACAAGGGAGUGAUAUCUUUGUCACCGAGGUAUGUGGAGAUAACGCACCCGAGUGGUCGUGUGCUUCGAUGUGAGCCUAACCAUGAGAAGAAGGCGCCCAUGAUAUGCGCCUUAGAAUCCAAGUCAGUUGAGGAGGUGCCUGUAGUGAGUGAGUACCCUGACGUGUUUCCAGAGGAGUUGCCGGGUAUGCCACCUGACAGAGAUGUGGACUUCGUGAUUGACCUUCUGCCGGGUACGGGUCCCAUUGCUAAAAGGCCCUACCGCAUGUCGGUCGAUGAGCUGGAAGAGCUCAAGAAGCAACUCAAGGAGUUGGCAGAUAAGGGGUACAUUAGACCCAGUGCUUCACCAUGGGGUUCCCGUGUCUUGUUCGUAAAGAAGAAGGAUGGCUCCAUGAGGAUGUGUAUUGACUACCGGAACUUAAAUGCCGUGACUGUCAAAAACAAGUACCCUCUCCCAAGGAUCGAUGACCUAUUAGAUCAGUUGAAGGAUGCCAAGUUCUUCUCAAAAAUCGAUCUCCGAUCCGGGUACCAUCAGAUGAAGAUCAGACCAGAGGAUAUACCUAAGACAGCCUUUGUCACAAGGUAUGAGCAAUAUGAGUUCACCGUUGUGUCCUUCGGACUCACGAAUGCCCCAGCUUACUUCAUGAAUAUGAUGAACAAGGUGUUCAUGGAAGAACUAGACAAGUUCGUUGUGGUAUUCAUUGAUGAUAUUCUUGUCUAUUCAGCCUUUGCCGAAGAACAUGAGCAGCACUUGAGAGUAGUUCUAGAGAAGUUGAGGCAGAACCAACUCUAUGCCAAGUUCAGUAAGUGCGAGUUCUGGCUUGAAGAAGUCGCCUUCCUUGGGCAUGUUCUCACAGCUGAGGGAGUUGCAGUUGACCCAGCCAAAAUAGAAGUCGUGAAGGAAUGGUAG